UCCAAGUACAAGACACCACGUCAACCACCUAUUAUGUUUACCGGUAGCUACGGGUCACUGUGAAUGUUCUCUAUGUGCAAGGCAUGAUCGCUGCAGCGAUGCGUUUGCCGUUUAAAAAUGCCGUCGCAGAAGUCUCGUUUCUCCAUCUCGACCUCCUAUGCGCAUCGUCCUCUACAUUCCAGGAGACGGAGAGUGACCGGGACCGUUUGACGCGAAGAGUAAAACCUUACCUAAAAUCCUCAAAAUAUGGCGCCUGAGUCGGACCAACAAGAAGUUGCAGACGAGCCCAAUGGACGCCGUCGUGAGCGACCAUGGUUGUUACCAUAUAACCGCCGCUUACGAAAUCUUAAUGGAAUAACCUUGAGGAAUGUAACCUUGCAUCCGAAGUCCGUCAAACGAUCCCGCCGCAAAACCAUCGACGAUGACGCUUUACCGUACGCCCUCAAGACACCAGGGAAGAUCGUAUUGCAUCGUGAUUCUAGGGGGUGGGAUAAAGGGGUGGAGCGCUCUCGGUCAAGUAGCGAUUUGAAAGCCGCUGCCAAGGACUCUUUCCGAGAAACACAAACGGUUAAAGAGAAUGGGCUGCUAGAACAGGAACCUGUGGUACAAGACAGUGGCCUAGUCAAUGGAACGCAUGAACUAGGUAAAAACCGUAGUAAAGAGGGUGGAAACGUUCCUGAAGAUAGGCAUGGAUCCGUACCGAACGGUCUACCGCAUACGCCACAAACAUCAGCAAAGGCUCGCUCCAGCAGUCAAGAUCAGGAUAUGGCCCCGUUACGGAAGACAUCGUCGAAACUGAGGAGAAGAAGUACGAUAGAGCAGUGGUAUGAGAAUGCGCCAGCCAGACAGAACCGAUGGUUCGAAGCGGUGCAUUCUCAUCUCCUCGACGUAUUCUUUUCCCUCCAUAUUUCUGACGACCCGGAGCCAGUCUACGUCAGCGAAAUUGUCAAGGAUACAAUGAAUCCCAACUUUCGCCAUUUCGAUCUGUCCAACUGUGCUCCAUCUAUCAGUCGGAAAGACGGCAUUGUUGUCAAAGUCUGGACAAAAGGAUAUGGAGGCAGUUCUUUUAGGCACCUCGUCGAAUUGACUGCCGACCUUCGCGCCCUGCAAUUCAUUGGAAGGGACCUAGCGCAUUUCCACCACCCGUUUCCCGACAACUGUGUUAUAUUUCAUCUUAGCGACGGUAUAUAUACCUCUUUUACAGACAUCCCGAUGUCCGAAACCUUUCAAUCCUUUGCACCAGGACCAUGGGGCCGACCCGGCGAUUCCCGCCCCCCCGAACCGGUUUCUUCAUACGACCAACUGAUGCGACUGGGGACGUUGGAUCAGUGCCUACAGGAUAUGCUGAACAGUCGCGCCCGCUUUAAAUCACGGCUCGACGAGUUUCUUGUCGAAACUCGACCGGAAACUGAAGCGGUUACACUCCUUCCUUCCGCGAAGCAGCACGCUGCCGAGGUGGAGAAGGCCAUUGACCAACAAACAAAACGGAACGCAGCCAGGAAAAAACAAACUAUUGAGCUCCAGGAUUCGUUAUCAAGUCGCCGUCAACUGAUGGCUGCUGGACGAGCAGCGAUGGACAAAUCGUUAUCGGAAAUGGAGGCAGCAGAGCCAGAGACGAUUGCUGUGACGAACGCAACUUCAGGAGUGCAAAUCGAAACCCAAGCCCAUCGACGUCGCGUCUGUACAGACCUUGAAGUAAUCUACCCCAUCGAACCCACUCCCGGCAAGAGCCUUUCGUUUACCAUUCGUGGGCUGGCACUCCCGGAUGCGCACGAAGCUGUCGACAUGGCCGAAUCCGACUCCGAACGCGAGAAAUUGGGUGCCGCGCUGGGGUUUGUGGCACAGAUGCUGAAAAUGCUGGCAGCGUACAUGGGAUGGCCGCUCCCGUACCCGAUCGAACCGCAAGGCUCGACGUCGUGGAUCGAAGACCCUAUCUCCGUGAUGCCUGGCGACGCUGGCUCCUCCGCGACGGCAUCCGCGACAAGCGCGUCUGCUAGCUCGGGGAGCAAGAAGAAUCGGAGAUAUCCCCUGUUUGUCAAAGGGGUUCCCAAGUUCCGGGCGGAAUACGCAUUCUUCUUGCUGAACAAGGAUAUCGAGAUCCUGGCUCAGCAUAUGGGACUGAGGCUGUUAGACAUCAGGCAAACAUUACCGAAUCUGAAAUACAUCCUCUUCGUCGCCACUGCUGGAGAGGGAGAGUUGCCUGAAAGGAAGAAGGGGGGUGUUCGGGGACUUGGGACGGCCUUGAAGGCAUCGUCAGCUGUUUCUGGUGGAGGAAGAUCUCGGAUAGCCGGUACCAAGAGGUGAAAAGUGGAAGGGUAUUUGGAACUUCUAUGCCAUGCGCCUUUGCCUUUGCGCGCGAUAGAAAGACAUGGACUAUUUGCUACGGGUUUGGUCGAAAUGAUACCCAAGAUUUACGGUUCAUUGGUUCAUUAGCACGGGUUUAGCCGGCUCAGUUCAGAUCAUAACUAGCCGCAUAACAGGUGGUAAAUACAACUACCUAUUAUCC